UUCACACACUUCACGAAUCCCAAAAUCGGCCCCAAGCAGCAUCAUGAAAGGAACUUCUGCGCUCGCGCUGCUAGCCUCCAUGGCGACGGUCAACGCCUUCCUGGUGCCCGGUGCCGUGCCCCGCCCGUCGUCUGGCCUCCGGAUGUCGGCCAGCGAGAAGGUCGAGAACGUUGCAUCCAGCGUCGUGGAUGCCAACGACCUUAACGUCCGCAAGCCCCCGGGCGACGUCAAGCUCGACCAGGGUGUGAUGGACCGGUACAUGGCCUUGCCGCAAGGCACCCGCGUCCAGGCCGAGUACGUGUGGAUCGGGGGCACCGGCCUCGACCUCCGCUGCAAGACCCGCACCCUCGAGGAGAAGCCCGGCGCCGUCAACGACCUGCCCCUGUGGAACUACGACGGCUCGUCCUGCGGCCAGGCGCCCGGGGACGACAGCGAGGUCAUGCUCCGGCCGGUCAAGAUCUACCCGGACCCCUUCCGAGGUGGGGACAACAUCAUCGUGCUGUGCGAGACGUGCCUGCCUACGGGCGAGCCGAUCCCCUCCAACACCCGCGCCAAGGCGCGCGCGUCCUUCGACGCGGCCCCCGGUCUGGAGCCGUGGUUCGGCAUCGAGCAGGAGUACACCCUCUUCGACAAGGACAUGGUGACCCCCUUCGGGUGGCCUAAGGACGGCGAGCCGGGACCCCAGGGGCCCUACUACUGCUCGGUCGGCUUCGAGAACGCUUACGGCCGCGGUGUCGCCGAGGCACACUACCGCGCUUGCAUGUACUCGAACAUCCCCAUCUCCGGCAUCAACGGGGAGGUCAUGCCCGGACAGUGGGAGUACCAGGUCGGCCCGGCGGUGGGCAUCAACGGCGCCGACGACCUCGUGAUGUCGAGGUUCCUGCUCCAGCGCGUUGCGGAGGACCUGCAGGUUGCCGUCUCCCUCGACCCCAAGCCCAUCCCCGGAGACUGGAACGGAGCCGGGUGCCACACGAACUUCUCCACCGAGAAGAUGCGCCAGGAGGGGGGUUUCAAGGAGAUCGUGGAGGCGGUCGAGAAGCUGGGGAAGCGCCACAAGCAGCACAUCGAGGCCUACGGCGAGGGUAACGAGCGCCGCCUCACCGGCCUCCACGAGACCGCCAACAUGAACACCUUCAAGUACGGCGUCGCCGACCGGGGAGCGUCCAUCCGCAUCCCCCGCGCGGCCGAGGCGGAGCAGAAGGGAUACUUCGAGGACCGCAGGCCGUCGUCGAACAUGGACCCUUACGUGGUGUGCGGCAUGAUCUUCGACACGACCUGCGUAUGGGAUGGCAAGGACGAGUAA